GGGUGAGCAGGCAGAAAGGGCUUGGUCGGGGUGUCACCGGUCUAUCUGUGCGCCUCCGGACAGCAGAUAACCUGGCUGACGACGCCGCCGCCGCCGCCGGAGCCCCGUAGAUGAAUCUCCUCCUCGGCUAUGCUGCCCUGAGUGCGCCGCGAGCACCCGCCCCGCCACAAUGUCCGAUGUCAACAAGACUGUUCAGAAAUGGCACGCCAGUUUUAAGAAAGGCACAGACUUUGACUCGUGGGGACAAUUAGUGGAGGCUAUAGAUGAGUACCAAAUUCUAGCGAGACAACUGCAGAAAGAGGUCCAGUCAACGAAUCCGUCAGACUUCACGGAGGAGCAGAAGAAAACUUUGGGAAGGAUCGCGACAUGCCUGGAAAUGAGAAGUGCCAGCCUGCAGUGCACGCAGUCAAAGGAGGAGUUCAAGUUAGAGGACCUGAAGAAACUGGAAACCAUAAUUAAAAGUAUACUGACCUAUAACAAAGAGUUUCCUUUUGAUGUCCAGCCGGUGCCCUUAAGGAAAAUCCUUGCUCCAGGUGAAGAGGAGAACCUCGAGCUGGAGGAGGAGGAGGAGGAUGCAGCAGCAGGAGCAGGUUCAACAGAGGCUUUCCCCCCGCGAGCCCCUGCUUCGCAAGGUACCUUGUUGCCACGGCUACCCUCAGAGCCAGGGAUGACACUACUUACAGUAAAGAUUGAAAAAAUUGGCCUGAAGGAUGCCGGGCAGUGCAUCGAUCCUUACAUGACCAUAAGUGUCAAAGAUUCAAAUGGUGUAGACCUGAACCCAGUGCAGGACACCCCUGUGGCCACCAGGAAGGAGGACACCUACAUUCAUUUCAGUGUGGACGUAGAGAUCCAGAGACAUGUGGAGAAAUUACCAAAAGGGGCAGCUAUCUUCUUUGAAUUCAAGCACUACAAACCCAAAAAGAGGUUUACCAGCACAAAAUGUUUUGCCUUCAUGGAGAUGGAUGAGAUCAAACCUGGACCCAUCGUAAUUGAACUGUACAAGAAACCCACAGACUUCAAGAGGAAGAAACUGCAGCUUCUAACAAAGAAACCACUUUAUCUCCAUCUUCAUCAGACAUUACACAAGGACAGCUAAGUCGGAGCACGCCUUGAACUUUGCACCUCCUCUUUGAAUCUCUAUGACAUCCACAUCCAGCAAAAUGUGGUAUUCCACCUUAUCACAUCCAGCAAUACUAAAUGAAGCCCGCUGUCUUUUUUUUUUUGCCCAGCUUUCCACAGUAUAUGAAGAAAGUAAAGGGAACUGAGCCAAACAUUAGUCACAUCAGCUCAGACCGCCACAUUAGUUUUUCCAUUUUUAUAAUCUUUGAUUUUGUUGUAAAAUGCAAAUCUCCUCUGUUGCAGGAAACCCUUCUCCAAAAGUAGUGGUGGUUUGACUAGCCGGAGACCAAGGGUUUUCAUAUUACAGCAGUGGUUUUGUUGAAACGGUUAAACACCUCAUCUCUAGUCUUCCUUAGCUCUCUGAUUUUGGGAAAUGGGACAAAACACGAGUCGUUGCAGGUGCUUAAUUUUAAGUUUAAGACUUUAUAGAGUUGUUGGACAUUGACCCUUGGACUGAAGUUAAAUUCAGCAAAACAUUAAAGGUACUAUGUGUAAGAGUGUGAGAUGCAAUUUACAUGUAUUAAUAUUGUUUUUUUGUUUUUGUUUUUUUUAUUGCAAAUGUGUGAACGGAUUGUAAUUUAACUUAAAAGAUGAGACCCUCCCCGACUUUGUCGGUUGCCUGUAACAGCCUGUGGACUAAUUUCUAUGCAAGGGACUCGGGACAAAUUUACCGACUCGCUCCCGAGUGCCUUGCCUCAAUGCCUCUUUUCCGCUCCCGUGCGGCGCCGACGGUGUGCAACACUAGUUAGCCUCAGCUUAGAAACGGAACCCGCUUACGUCAACGAACAACCAGCUCCCAGCACAAAACAAGACGUAUGUUCUUUAGAACCUUUACGUCCAUUAUCUCCAGUCUAACGUUACUCAUCCCACCCCAUCACCUUUUUUAUAACUGAUGUGAGUUUAGGAUUAUCACUGUCUCAACCCACUGCCAGACCCAUUCAAGUACAGUAACGUUACCUGACAAUAUACUGUAAAACGUCGCACUAAUGCUGACACAUUAGUGCAUCGAUUUGGCAAAAUGAGAGUUGUGAUUGGAAAACUAUCACGUCAAUAAUGAAUUGUGGCAGCAUGUGGCAGCAAAUUUAGCUAUGCUAACAUGGCUGAGCCUCUCGGUGGAAGCUAGACAAACAGGGAUUGAUAGAGCUGGCUAGCUAGCUAAUGCCCACGUAUCAUAAAUGCAGUCAGUGUAUCAUACAACGAGAAUGGAUUGGUUCAACGUCACUGGCCUAUAUUGUGCUAGCGAGUAGGGCUGUCACAAUUCAUUCGAAGUCGAGCACUCGUUCGAACGCGAGCUUGCCACCCAAGUGAGGCAGCGGAGGCACCACAGACGAGCGGAGCGACGUCGAGCGUACAACCUCGUCUGACUGCCCACCAUUCAGCGCACUCGGCUGCGGCAGGUGUCGUUUGAACUUUGUUCGAACUUGAUUUUUGGAGAGAGUGACAGCCCCACUAGCUAGCAAGUUGAUAGCAAUAGUAGGCUUUACAAAUCCUGUUUCAAAAAAACAUAACGCUAUCUCCACACUUUGUUUUUAAGUGCUGUUCCAGCGCUUGAGAGUCAAAUAUAGUCUUUAGUUUCAAAUAUAGUUUAUAGUCAAACUAUAUUAACUGUAACUUUAGUUACCUCAUUUGUCAACAUGAUGCCCAGGAUGCUCGCUAGCGCCUACCUACGGAGUGCGAGCUUGAGCGCGAGCAACAGGAUGCUGACUGCAGUUCACUUAACGGCCACGGGUGUCAAUAAUAAUAAGGGUUUUCUGAAUGUUACUUAUUGUACCUUUUUUUAAAAGCAACAGUAGUCUGCCUAAAAAUGUGGACUUGUUGGGGAAGUUGAAGCAAAGUAUGCGAAGCCAUUUCCAGGAUAAAUAGCAUGCAAGCAGUGGCACAGUUUGUUUGCUUCAUCAAGACACCAAAAGUGCAUUCUUGAAUUUUAUGAUAGUACAGCAUGGUUUAUGGAGUCUCCAGCGUGCCAACAUUAUAAUCAAAUAAUAAAUCAGUGAAUUUAAAAACACUUUUACAAACUGAUGAAUUAAAUUUGCAUUUAAAUUCAUUAUAAGAAAGUAAAAAUAAUGAUUAAGUUAUCCAAUUAUGAUUGAAUUUUAAUUACUCUCACUUAAGUUCUUAAUAAACGAAUUGUUAAAUUGGAAUCACAAAAAUAAUUUUAAAAAAGGUUAUUAAAUGAUACGCAGACACUAGUAAGAGGAAUUAUAAAGUAUCAAAAUCCAUUCCUACUAUUUGUUUUCUGUUUAAACCUUUAGUUUCCAUUUUAUGCUUUUUUAAUAUUA